AUGGCGCCGAAGAAGCCGAGAACCGGGACGAGGAACCCUGAACUGAUUAGGGGCAUAGGGAAGUACUCCAGGUCGCAGAUGUACCACAAGAGGGGCAUCUGGGCCAUUAAGGCGAAAAACGGUGGCGUUUUCCCUCGUCACGACCCCAAGCCCAAGCCCGAGGUCCCAGCCCAGAAGUCUCCUAAGUUUUACCCGGCUGACGAUGUCAGGAAGCCCCUCGUCAACAAGCACAGGCCGAAGCCUGCUAAACUAAGGGCUAGCGUUACACCAGGAACCGUUCUGAUCCUUCUUGCAGGGAGGUUUAAGGGAAAGAGGGUUGUUUUCCUUAAGCAGCUUCCGUCUGGAUUGCUUCUGGUAACAGGUCCCUUUAAGAUCAAUGGUGUUCCUCUAAGAAGGGUGAACCAAGCAUAUGUCAUUGGUACCUCAACAAAAGUGAACGUCUCUGAUGUUAAUGUUGAUAAAUUUGAUGACAAGUACUUCUCUAAGGAUGCCAAGAAGAAGAAAACAAAGGGAGAAGGCGAGUUCUUUGAGGCAGAGAAGGAGGAGAAAAAAGUGCUCCCCCAAGAUAAGAAAGAUGAUCAGAAAACAGUGGACUCUGCUUUGUUGAAGGCCAUUGAGAGUGUUCCAGACCUGAAAUCGUACUUGGGUGCUAGGUUUUCUUUGAAGGCAGGGAUGAAGCCUCAUGAACUUGUCUUCUAG